CACAUCUUAUCUUACCAUGUCUUACCACGAAGAAGCCUACAACAAGAUCAAUGCCGUCGAGACUCCUUCUGAGGAGAACAAGGCUGAGUGGACCCACCAGCUUUUGGCCGCUGCCGCUGGUUUUGGUGCCAUGCGCGCUUACAACAAGAACAAGGCCGAGAAGGAGGGUGAGGAAGACGACCACCAUCUUGCCAAGGAGCUCCUUGCCGGUCUCGCUGCUGCUGCCGUUGACAACCUUGCUGAGUCCAAGGGUAUGGACUGGCUCGAUCGCGAGAAGGCCAAGCACCAGGCCAAGGAAGAGGCUGAAAAGCUUUAUACCCAAAACUCCAGUUACAACCUUAAUGUACGUACAGUAAAGAAUAUGGAAACCUGUGAUAACUUACCCUCUACUAUAUUCGGUAACUUUGAUGCGAUAUUGCUACAACUUCGUGCCCUAUGUUUUUAA